UAUUUUUUGAAUGGAUUUAUUUUAAUCACUCCUUCCUUUCACGAGAAAAAAAUGAUAAAGAAUGCAGAUAGAGAUCAAAAAGGAGACCCAGGAGAGAAGUAAAGUACAUUAAAAACGACAAGACGCAUCACGCUUCGAAUGGAAUCUGGUUUCCUUUUCCCUCAUUUCGUGCUAUCAACUGAAUUUUCCGCUUCGUUUUGCUCAUAAAGAUCGUUAUCGUUACCACCAAUGCCAUCAUCAUCAUCUUCACGACGCUUACACUUACACUGAGUGAGUGAGUGAGUGAGGGCGUUGUUCUGUAAAAACACUCUGCAGAGCCUUCAAGCUAGAGAGCAUCGAUCGAACUCCAAGCCCUAGGUGUUACUGGUUUUCUUCCGAUCGAAUCUGCGACUUUUCAUUUCGUAUUGAAUCUCCGAAUUUCCAAUGGCGUUUUGGUGGCCAUUGCUCGUUUUAGCGUUCGCUUACGGUAUCUGUAGGUUCCUUCUCAUGCUCAUUCCUCCUAAGGUUCCUUCCAUCGACGUUGACACUUCCGAUGUUCUGGACGAUGGAAACCAGCAGCAGGAGAAUAGUUUCAUAUAUGUACCUCCGAGGGGAACGUCGCAGCAAUCAGGGAAAAUAGUUCAGUGCUAUGAACCAGCAACUAUGAAAUAUUUGGGAUACGUUCCUGCAUUGACGCAUGAUGAGGUCAAGGAUCGAGUGACAAAAGUAAGGAAGGCACAGAAAAUGUGGGCAAAGUCCAGCUUCAAGCAAAGGCGCUUAUUUUUGCGUAUACUUUUGAAGUAUAUAAUUAAGCAUCAAGCACUUAUAUGCGAUUUAUGUUCUUUAAUUAGAAUAUCUUCUCGAGAUACCGGAAAGACAAUGGUCGAUGCCUCUUUAGGAGAAAUAAUGACAACAUGUGAGAAGAUCAAUUGGCUACUGUCAGAGGGCGAGCAAUGGUUAAAGCCUGAAUAUCGGUCUUCCGGGAGAUCAAUGCUCCACAAAAGAGCUAAAGUAGAGUUUCAUCCUCUCGGUGUUAUCGGAGCAAUUGUUUCAUGGAAUUAUCCUUUCCACAAUAUUUUUAAUCCUAUGUUGGUGGCAAUUUUUUCUGGAAAUGGUAUUGUGAUUAAGAUAUCAGAACAUGCAAGUUGGUCUGGAUGCUUUUACUUCCGGAUCAUCCAAUCAGCCCUAGCUGCCAUAGGAGCUCCAGAGGACCUUGUUGAGGUGAUAACAGGGUUUUCCGAAACAGGAGAAGCAUUAGUAUCUUCUGUUGAUAAAGUCAUAUUUGUUGGAUCGCCUGGUGUUGGUAAGAUGAUAAUGAGCAAUGCUGCCAACACACUUAUACCAGUGACACUGGAGCUUGGUGGCAAAGAUGCAUUUAUUGUCUGUGAAGAUGUAGAUCUGGAUCAUGUCGCACAAAUUGCUGUCAGGGCUGUUCUUCAGUCAAGUGGACAGAACUGUGCUGGGGCAGAGCGAUUUUAUGUCCACAGGGAAAUUUAUUCUUCUUUUGUCAGUAAAGUCACCAAAAUUGUGAAAUCUGUUACAGCUGGCCCACCGCUUGGUGGAAAGUAUGAUAUGGGAGCUUUAUGCAUGCAUGAACAUUCUGAAAAGCUUGAGGGCCUAUUAAAUGAUGCUUUAGACAAAGGAGCCGAGAUUGUUGCCCGUGGGAGUCUUGGAAAUAUAGGUGAAGACGCAGUUGAUCAAUAUUUCCCCCCUACUGUGAUUGUGAAUGUGAACCACUCAAUGAGAUUGAUGCAAGAAGAGGCAUUUGGACCAAUCAUGCCAAUAAUGAAAUUCAGCUCUGAUGAGGAGGUUGUCAAACUUGCAAAUGACUCAAAGUAUGGGCUGGGCUGUGCUGUUUUCUCAGGCAAUCAGAGUCGUGCGAGAGAGAUAGCUUCACAGAUACAUGCUGGGGUAGCUGCUGUUAAUGAUUUUGCAUCAACAUACAUGUGCCAGUCCCUUCCAUUUGGGGGUGUGAAGCACAGUGGAUUUGGACGAUUUGGUGGUGUAGAAGGUUUGCGAGCUUGCUGUCUUGUUAAAGCAGUUGUUGAAGAUAGAUGGUGGCCAUUUGUUAAAACCAAGAUACCUAAGCCUAUUCAGUAUCCGCUUGCAGAGAAUGGCUUCGAAUUUCAGGAGUCACUUGUUGAAGCGCUUUAUGGUCUUGGCAUAAGGGAUCGUUUGCGAGCAUUGGUAAACGUUUUAAAAAUGCUUACGGAGCAGAACCCUGCUAGCAGCAGCAAUAAAAGAAGAAAUGACUGAUUGUCUGUUCGGGUAAUGUGCUAGACGGCUGAUAUUAUACUGAAAUCCCGAUGAUGCUAUUUGCUGUGAAAGAAGAAAUAAAUAAUUGGAUGAUUGCUCUUGCUUCUCAUAUUUAUCUCUCUAACUACUAUUUUUGUACAUCUGCUUCCCGUUCUGUUCCCUCCUUUUUGUGGAGCUUUGGUUUUAGUUUAAUAUUAUUUUUAAAUGCU